CAUCACCUUCGCUUUCGCAAUCACCACCUACGCCGCCGUCUACUGAUCAGCCUGCUGUAGUCUGAUCCGUGCACCGCCACUGCCUAGUCACCGCAUCCAUACAAUUUCAUUCACUAACGCAACAAACAAACUUGAUCACUAUUUUCAUUUUUUUUGUUUCAUAAGAAUACAACAAGGAAUCUAUCAUAUCUACAAUGCUGCCUAGAGGAGGAGGACGCCGUAGCGGCGGCCGAAACGCUGGUCGGAGCGGUAACGAUGACCGUGAUCAACUGGAUAGUAGUAAGCACAUAUCAGGAAAUGCGGAAACAGGGUUGUUCACCAGUGGAGGGCGUAGUAGAAUUGUUGGAAGUAGCGGAGGCAGUGGAGGUAGUGGAGGGCCUGUCCGUGAUUCUAGCCGCCGAACUAAUCGGCACAUAGGCGGCCCUCGUGGUUCAACGUCAGGAUUACCUCCUAGGCCUACCCGGGGAGGUCUAAGAGAAGAUCAAGAUGGAGAUCUAAGCAUGGGAGGCGAGAAGAAGACUUUCUCCCCCUAUCAAAGACCCGGGCGCAGCACCAGAUCGUCAACUGGAACUAAAUCUAACGGUCACGAGGAUGCUAUUGUGGUGUUUGUUCGUACAAACGAGGGAGUAAGCUUGGCGGCAGACUCAGAUCUUUUUGAGUUCAUCUCAAGGAAGGUUCAGCCAACAAAGAUUAAUAUCAGCAAUGUAAAUGAACAUAUUUGAGCUCAAUGGACGCCAAGCACUAUCAGGAUAUGAUUUACUAUAUAUCACAACUCUUAUUUCAGGAUCAUGUUUCUCACAAGAAAACUUACGAACUGUCUUCGAUAGAAAAACACCAAUGAGAUGACAGGAUUCGUCUCCUUUACCG